AUAAACUCUCCCGGCCUCAAGGCGGCGGUGUGCAGACAUGCAAGAAGUCGGUUUCCGGUUAACUUCCGGUACCUCAGCGCACGUUUUCCUUCCGCGGUUUUGUAAAACGACGAGCAUACGAGCAGCUGUGUCGGCUUUUAGAAAAUUAAGACAAAAUGAGCAAAGCACAUCCACCAGAGUUGAAGAAGUUCAUGGACAAGAAGCUUUCAUUGAAGCUGAACGGAGGCAGACACGUGCAGGGCAUCCUGCGCGGGUUCGACCCCUUUAUGAACAUGGUGCUGGAUGACUCUCUGGAGAUGGGCCCAGGAGGACAACAGAACACCAUCGGAAUGGUGGUCAUCAGAGGAAACAGCAUCAUCAUGUUGGAGGCCUUGGAGAGAGUAUGAGAGGAGACAGCUGCAGAUGAAGAGAACGAUUAACACCUUUUUUACAUUCUGUUAUUGCUGAAAAGCAAUUGUGUGUCUUUAAAUUGUAACAUUAUCUGAUAUCCAUUGAAAGGAAUGUUUUGUUCGGACAUUUUUUGACUUGCGUUAUCUUGUGAAUAAAUCUGUUUUUCUUUGUA